CUCUCGUCCUCUGUCACACAUUAAAAAAAAAAAAAAGAAAAAAAUCACUCUUUUCUCUCUCAUUGCUCGCUCUGUGACUGUGUUUUUUCUUUCUUAGAAAAUCCCAAAUUUCUCCUCAAUUUCUCUUCCUUUUGUCCCCGAAACUUCCAUAAACUUGCUCAGCAAUGCAUGAUCUUCAUUUUAAUUCUAGUUUCGAGUUUUGAUACUCUAAUUUUGACUCAGUUUUUCUUGACUCACUGAGUUGGAAUAGAAAUAAUGCUUGAGGCUAUGGAGAGCUCGGUCAAUGGAGGGUUCUCGCACUUGCAGAGCUGUGGAGACAGCAGCGAGGAAGAACUCUCCGUGUUGCCUCGUCACACUAAGGUGGUGGUUACUGGAAAUAACAGGACAAAGUCGGUGCUUGUGGGUCUUCAGGGGGUGGUCAAGAAGGCUGUUGGGCUUGGCGGUUGGCAUUGGCUGGUUCUUACAAAUGGCAUUGAAGUAAAGCUACAGAGGAAUGCCCUUAGUGUGAUUGAGGCUCCCACUGGCAAUGAAGGUGAUGAUGACUUGGAAUUUGAUAAUGUGCGGUGGAAUGGAUCUGAUAUGGCAUCCGAUGACACCCAAAAGUCCCAUAGAUCAAGGCAUAGGACUCAUAAAUCAACGGGGUCAUCUCACAAGACUAUGAGCAGGUCUCUCUCUUGCGACUCGCAGUCUAAGGGCUCUGUUUCUACAUCUCGUGGGGCCACGAAAGUUGACCUCAGCAAAUUGGAGAUGGCUGCCUUGUGGAGAUAUUGGAGACACUUCAAUCUUGUGGAUGCUAUCCCCAACCCAUCUAAAGAGCAACUAGUAGAUGUUGUUCAGAGGCAUUUUAUGUCCCAGCAAAUGGAUGAGUUGCAGGUCAUUGUGGGAUUUGUUCAGGCUGCAAAGAGACUGAAGACCGUCUGCAAGUAGUGAAAGUGGAGACGUCUGAGAUUUACUCUCAACCUCAAUGCUAACAGACUCUGUAACAUAUGCAUGGCUUGUUUAUCAUUGUCGUUCAUGUAGUGGGCUAUAGUAGUUACUCUGUCCCAGCUAUAGAGGUUUUCUUUUCUUUCUUCUUUUUGGUAGUGUAGCUAUGUAGAUAUUAUGUAAACCGGUGACUAGACCUCUAAGAAGUCCCUGUGGGCAGUUCUUCUAUAAGCUUGGUUUAAUGUAAUUGCUGAUAUUGGGGUAGUGGACUUCUGAAAAUGUAUAUAUUCUUCGUUCUCUGCGCUUGGACCUUGUUUCCUGCUUCUAAUCUAACUCUAUUGAACAA